CUUCUAUUUCAUGUUCUCUUUGAAAACAUCCAAUCCUCUAAUAUAUCUUUCCUUUCUCAUCUCCCAAUCAAUUAAACAACUCUCAAUUAGUUUUCUCCUCCGCAACACAAAAAAAAAAGUAUAUCAUUCAUCACUAUAUUCACAUUUGACUCUACAAGUCUGAAACAGAAAAAGAAGCGAUGCCUGAAGAAACACCGUCGAUUGAUUACGCAAUGGAAGCAGCAUCUGGGCCCCACUUCUCCGGCCUUCGGCUCGACGGCUUACUUCCAUCUUCUCCCUCAACCUCUUCUCUCGCUCCCGUUUCAACCCUAACCACCACCGACUCUCUUCCCAAUCAACAACCCUUCGUUAUUGGAGUUUCUGGUGGAACUGCUUCUGGAAAAACCACCGUUUGUGAUAUGAUCAUUCAACAGCUUCAUGAUCACCGUGUCGUACUUGUCAAUCAGGAUUCUUUUUAUCGCGGGUUGAAACCAGAAGAAUUGAAACGCGUGCACGAGUACAAUUUUGACCACCCUGAUGCUUUUGACACAGAGCAACUGUUAGAGUGUAUGAAGAAGCUGAUCAGUGGCCAGAGAGUCAAAGUUCCCAUUUACGAUUUCAAGAAACACCAACGCUCUUCUGACAGUUUUCGUCAGGUCAAUGCCUCUGAUGUCAUUAUAUUGGAGGGAAUUCUUGUAUUCCAUGAUCAAGAUGUUCGGGAUCUGAUGAACAUGAAGAUCUUUGUUGACACAGAUGCUGAUGUGAGGCUUGCUCGUAGAAUUAGGCGUGACACAGUGGAGAGGGGCAGAGACAUAAACUCUGUUCUUGAAAUGUAUGCAAAGUUUGUUAAGCCUGCUUUUGAUGACUUUGUUCUACCAUCAAAGAAGUAUGCUGAUGUGAUCAUUCCUCGUGGAGGUGAUAAUCAUGUUGCCAUUGAUUUGAUUGUGCAACACAUCCGCACAAAGCUUGGUCAACAUGAUCUAUGCAAAAUAUAUCCAAACGUGUACGUUAUUCAAUCUACAUUCCAGAUAAGGGGGAUGCAUACAUUGAUUCGUGACAGAGAAAUAUCAAAGCAUGAUUUUGUAUUUUAUUCUGAUCGACUUAUACGCCUGGUUGUUGAGCAUGGUUUAGGUCAUCUGCCUUUUACUGAAAAACAAGUUGUUACUCCAACAGGAUCUGUCUAUACUGGUGUUGAUUUCUGCAAGAAAUUAUGUGGUGUUUCAAUUAUUCGAAGUGGUGAGAGCAUGGAAAAUGCACUUCGUGCAUGUUGUAAAGGCAUUAAAAUUGGAAAAAUUCUGAUUCACCGGGAUGGAGACAAUGGAAAACAGCUUAUAUAUGAGAAGCUUCCCAAGGAUAUCUCAGAACGUCAUGUCUUGCUUCUCGACCCUGUCCUCGCUACAGGUAACUCAGCCAACCAAGCAAUUGAAUUACUCAUUCAAAAAGGAGUACCAGAAUCCCACAUUAUAUUCUUGAAUCUCGUUUCAGCUCCCGAGGGAAUCCAAUGUGUGUGUAAAAGGUUCCCAUCAUUGAAAAUUGUCACAUCGGAGAUUGAUGUUGCAUUAAAUGACGAGUUUCGUGUUAUCCCUGGAUUGGGUGAAUUUGGCGAUCGCUACUUUGGCACCGAUGAUUGAUCCCAUAGUGAGUCACUGAGUUACAUCUUUUGGUAAACAGAUGCAUUCGUUAAAAAUAUGAAAAGCACGCAGCUUGCUGCAUUGCAAUGAAAGAUUUAGCAAAUGCCAGCCUGGCUUUGAGGCAAGCAGAUUAGAAUAAUGUGCAUUCAAACUCAUUAUUUGGUUCAUAUGCAUGAUUGAUUUUCAGUUUAUUGAAUGUAGAGAUAAAUUCUAGCUAGAUGAUGAUGCUAUCAUACUAAAGUUCGAGCGGACAAUUCUAUCUAGUUCAGCGAUAGUUGUUUGGAAAAACAUUGCAUAGUUAUCAAACUCAACCUAUAACAAACCAGAUCAAACGUUCUUGUUAUUAUAUUUCACUUGCACUGCUAUCCGUGCAAUAUAUAACAUAUCACAGAUAAAUCAGAGUGGAAGAGAGCACAUUUGUGA